AUGGCGACGCCAUGGGACAGCUCCUCGAGCCGCCUGUGGGGCGCCCUGGGGCAGGCCUCCAGCGUGGCACAGCUGGUCGGCGUGGACGCGCUCGGGCUGGUCUCCAUGGUGGUGCAGGCCGCCCUGGCGGCGCGGCGCCACCGGGACGCCUGCGUGCGGCUCGCACAGCACGUCGAGCUCGUCGGGGGCCUGCUCGGGGAGCUGGAGCUCGACGAGCUGAUGCGGCGGGAGGCCACCAGGCGGCCGCUGGAGCAGCUCGGAGCCGCGUUGCGGCGGUGCUAUGCGCUCGCUACGGCGUGCCAGGACUGCGGCUACCUCCGCCGUCUGCUCCUGGGCGGACGGAUGGCCGACGAGCUCUGCGCCGCGCAGCACGAGAUCGACAUGUUCAUCCGCCUCAUCCCGCUCAUCGCCCUCGUUGACAAUUCGACAAAUACUCGCCGUGCCAUGGUCGAGGAGGGGGUGCUCAGUGUAGUCACAGAUAGUUCAAAUCAUCACAUCAGAUUUCCAGCAAGAGAUUUGGAGUUCACCAAAAUACGCGUUCAAGGAGCUACAGAACUUCGCAAUGUUCAAGAACAGCCAUUUGUAGGUAAGUAG